AUGGCGGACGGCAGACCUCAUCACCGGGCGCAGUCCCAACCCGCCACGACCGAUUAUGAUGCGGUCUCACUCACCCGCGAGUUCGAACAGUUGAUGCGUACCAAGCGCUUCAACCAGCUCCAGGAACACUCUCGAUCACGAACAGCCUCUCGGUCGCCUGCUCCUCGUUCCGGUUCCAUUCCGCCCCCGUCCAGAGCGCCUCCGCCGCCCCCCUCGUUUGGCGCCGAUUCCCGCCCGGCCACGCAGCCUCAACCGCCAUCUUCACCCGCUCUCCGGGGCCUGCCCAUCAUGCCAUCGCCUCCGCAGGAUCCCGCCUCGCUCAAGUUCUUCAAUCUGCUCAAGGGAUUGUCGGUGACACCGACCAAAUACGAGAAUCCCGGCCUGCUCGACGAGGCCCUGUGCGUCAUUCCCUUGGACCGUCUGUAUUCGGAAGCCGAGGAGGAAAGCCAGAUCAUGCAGGCCCAGGCCGCCAGCGUGGACGGAAAGCCGGAAUGGGGCUAUCAGGAUUGUGUUAUUCGGGCAUUGUUGAGGUGGUUCAAGCGAUCCUUCUUCCAAUUCGUCAACAACCCCCCGUGCGCCCAGUGCUGCAUGCCCACGAUCGCACAGGGCAUGACGCCACCGACUGCCGAGGAGGCCGCCCGUGGCGCCUCCCGUGUCGAGUUGUACCGCUGUUCCGGAAACUCGUGCGGCGCAUAUGAGCGAUUCCCCCGAUAUUCGGAUGUCUGGCAAUUGCUGCGAUCGCGCCGAGGCCGUGUUGGCGAAUGGGCCAACUGCUUCAGCAUGCUCUGCCGCGCGGUCGGAGCACGGGUCCGCUGGGUAUGGAACUCGGAGGACUACGUCUGGACGGAGGUGUACUCGGAGCACCAGAAACGAUGGGUGCAUGUGGAUGCGUGCGAGGAGGCCUGGGACCAGCCCCGUCUCUACGCCGAAGGCUGGGGCCGAAAGAUCUCCUACUGCAUCGCCUUCUCGAUCGACGGUGCGACCGACGUGACCCGCCGCUACGUUCGCAACUUUCCCAAGCACGGCAGCCCUCGCACUCGUGCACCCGAAGAAGUCGUUCUCUGGUCCAUUCACGAAAUCCGACGAAAGCGUCGUGAGAACAUGGGCAAGACUGAUUUGCCUCGCCUAGUCAAGGAGGACGAGCGCGAGGAGAGGGAGCUUCGAGGCUACACUGCCUCUGCUCUCGCUGCUGAGAUCAACAACCUCUUGCCGCGCAGCCUGGUUGGUCGCCCCGACGAGCAGAAGCACGCCGAUGCGCGCCGUGAGGCUGAGGCCCAACGCGCAAAUGCACGUCACGGCCACUCCGGCCCUGAUCGGUCGGGCGGUGGACGGUAA